AUGAGCGCCCACGUCGUGGUGAUCGACGCGACGGCCAGGCGGGCAACUGUCAAGACGACACCUGCCAAACACUUGACAGAUGUGUUGCAAGAAGCAUGCUCCAAGCUUGGAUAUAACCCUAGCCAAUAUGGCUUGAAGCAUAACCGCAAACAAUUGGACCUUUCCCUUUCCUAUCGCCUCUCUGGUCUCAGCUCUGGCGCAAAGCUCGAGCUUGUACAGCUGUCUCGAUCUCCCUCCAUCGUCACAGUCGCUCUUCAGCUCCCUGAAUCCGAAACUCGCGGUGCUCCAAACGGGCGCAUACUUGACAAGUUCCCAAGCACGACCAGUCUUUGGCUAAUCUUGCGCAAGUUUGAAGCCGGAGUGGCAGGAAGCGGUCCAGUACGAAACCUGACUGCUAGGGGAGUACCCGCUACAACUGAUGGCGACGCUGGCACUGGGACCUUGUUCUAUGAGAUCCCCGUUCUACAGAUAUUGGAGCGCGAGCUAUCUAGUUUCACGGACUUGCAGAAGUCGCUGGCUCAACUCGGCUUCAAUAGUGGUAACGUGCUUAUUCGACUCAGCUUCCGACGGACUGAAGAUCCUCUCGACAUUGCCAUGACCAAGAUUGCCGAGUUUUUCAAGACGUCCGAGGAUGAAAUGCCAGCAACGACAUCGAACCAAGCACCCGCAACAUCUGAAGAGGAGGCAAAAGAUGAAACCCAGCUGCAAAUACCCAGCGUCAGUCAGCCUGAAACAUCCAGUGAGCCAACUGCGCCUUCCGCAGAUGACCAGGAUACUCCGAUUCCAGAUGCUCCUGAGCAACCUGCCUCAACUUCAACAUCCGAACGACCCAUCACCGUAUUUUCGCCUCCCUCCGCCAACACCCCAUCAUCUGCCCAAAUACCAUACAACGAGGAAGACUAUGUGCCCUCGAUCGAGCACGCCAAAGCUCAUCAACGGCUGCUCAACCAAUCCUCUCGUCCACAGCGCCUGCCUACCGAUGCUGAGAUAGCCGCCAAAGCUGCAGCAGAGGAGAAACGACGCUCCGAGAUCCGCGAGAUAGAGGUGAAAGUCCGUUUCCCAGACCAAAGUCAGGUGGUUGUGAAGUUUGGUCCUUCCGACUCUGGCAAAUCGUUGUACGGAUUCGUGCGCAGCUGUCUUGCUCCAGUAUUCACUGGAGAGAAGUUCAACCUAAACAUCUUCCGGAACCCCACUGCAUCGCGCCCUGCAAGCCUAAGCACGCUCCCCGAGUCUGACCAGACCCUGAUUAAGGACUUGGGACUAAUGGGACGAGUUCUGGUUAAUUUCACAUGGUCCGAUGGCGUAUCCUCUGCACAGCGCCGAACCGACUUGCUGCGUCCGGAACUCCGCAGCCAAGCCCGCGAGCUGAAGGUCGAGCAGCCACCAGAGCCCAAGGAGGAAUUGUCUAUACCAAAGACUGAAGCAGGUCCAAGUGAUUCUGGCGAUGGCAAGCCUGGCGGAGCACGGAAGCAUGGUGGCAUUCCAAAGUGGUUAAAACUGCCUGGAAAGAAAUGA